AUGAAGAGGUGGCUGCUGCCAUCCAACAAUGGGAAAGACCAAGAGCAGCCCCCUCCUCAUCACUGUCCUCCCUACCUCUCCUUAGUGACGUGCUGCUGCUGGGAGCCUCCUCGUCCCCCCUAUCCGGUGGAACCAGAGGGGAAGGAGGAGGAGGUGAAGGUGGAAAAGAAGAAGAAACAGGAGAGCCUGGAGGAGAAAGCGAAGGAGCAGGAGAGCAAGAAGGAACAAGAGAAUAAGGAGGAGGGGGUGUGGAAGGAAAAGAAGAAGAAGGAGGAAGAGGAGAGCCUGGAGGAGAAAGAGAAGGAGCAGGACAGCAAGAAGGAACAAGAGAAUAAGGAGGAGGGGGUGUGGAAGGAAAAGAAGAAGGAGGAGGAAGGGGAGAGCCUGGAGGAGAAAGAGAGGAAGCACAAGAGCCAGAAGGAAGGGGAGAGCCUGGAGGAGAAAGAGAAAGUGCAAAAGAGCCAGAAGGAACAGGAGAGCCUGGAGGAGAAAGAGAAGGAGCAAAAGAGCCAGAAGGAACGGGAGAGCCUGGAGGAGAAAGAGAAGGAGCAAAAGAGCCAGAAGGAAGGGGAGAGCCUGGAGGAGAAAGAGAAGGAGCAAAAGAGCCAGAAGGAAGGGGAGAGCCUGGAGGAGAAGGAGAGGAAGGACAAGAGCCAGAAGGAACGGGAGAGUGUGGAGGAGAAGAAGAAGGAAAAAGCUCACAGUAAAGAGGAAGUGGUGUUUCCCCCCAGCUUGGUGGAACCUCACAGUAAGAAGGGGGUGAGUCCAAGUGAGGCACCUGAAUGUCAGAGGUGGGGGGGACAACUUCCUCAACGUGGGAAGUGGGUGGGUCAAAGCGAGGCCGCCGACGUCUAGGUGGAGGUCUAGGUGGACGACCAAGCACAGCAACUGUGUGUGAAGGAGAUGAAGUCAGGAACUGGAGAUUGUCACGAACCAGUGUGGACGCAACAUGCAGUUACUGUACAUCAUUAUUGUUGCAGACUCCCUAAUUAUCACAUGUAUUCAAUAAGUUGAUGUAUGUAGUAAAGUGAAGUAAGGAAGAAGUUCCUAUGGACAAAUAAACCACCUGAUUAGUGUUACAACACAAUUCUGAUCUCGGUCUGUUAUUUAGCGCUUCAUGAAAGUGUUACGUCAUAAGUAAUAGGUCAUUAUUUUUACUGUUUUAACAAACAUAUUUAGAAUCUCACAGUAAAACAUGAAGAAAUACAAAUACAAAUGAUGUUUAACAUGGAACGUAUUUAUUACAAUUUGUUUCAAAUUAUUGAUGAAAAUCACUCGUCUCGACUGUCUUCUGUUUAGAGAUGGAGGCCAACACCGCUGAUUAUGUGAAGAGUCUCCCAAACCCAGCAGCACAGAGAAAGCAGUGACAAAGACACUUCCUCUAUGUGGUUAGGACUGGGAGGCUCCCCUCUGUCUGGACCGGAGGCUGGAGGGAGCAAAGAGCUGCAGGAAGCUAGAAGAAACAUCACAAACAGAUGUGUUGUUAACUUUGUGAUGUGAAGCUUAUCACCACUUUACUACUCAGAGAUGGAGGCCAACACCGCUGAUUAUGUGAAGAGUCUCCCAAACCCAGCAGCACAGAGAAAGCAGUGACAAAGACACUUCCUCUAUGUGGUUAGGACUGGGAGGCUCCCCUCUGUCUGGACCGGAGGCUGGAGGGAGCAAAGAGCUGCAGGAAGCUAGAAGAAACAUCACAAACAGAUGUGUUGUUAACUUUGUGAUGUGAAGCUUAUCACCACUUUACUACUCAGAGAUGGAGGCCAACACCGCUGAUUAUGUGAAGAGUCUCCCAAACCCAGCAGCACAGAGAAAGCAGUGACAAAGACACUUCCUCUAUGUGGUUAGGACUGGGAGGCUCCCCUCUGUCUGGACCGGAGGCUGGAGGGAGCAAAGAGCUGCAGGAAGCUAGAAGAAACAUCACAAACAGAUGUGUUGUUAACUUUGUGAUGUGAAGCUUAUCACCACUUUACUACUCAGGUAAAUUACUGCUCAGGCGAUUACUUAUAGCAUUGAGCCUCCAUAGACACGGGUGACAACUUCUCCUAUCGUCCUAUGCGGUCCUAUCGUCGUCUCAGUUGCCACAGUUCUCCAGCCUCCACAGCUGCACCUGUCACCACCAAAAUGAAAACGUCAGCCCCAUUAGAAAACAGAGUGAGUAAAUACAUCAGACAAAUACUUGAAGGGCAUUUUAGAUGUCUUUACCGUUUCCAUGGUGUCACCUUCUGCAGCUAAAAGGACAGAAAGACAAAAUAUUAAACUACUGUCAAUUAAAAUGUAUAAAAAGUAAAAUGAAAACUUAUCCCGACUAAACAUCUUUAUUUGCUUACCUUGCGCUUUUUUUAACUUAAUCUAUAGAAAAAAUAUAUUAAAACAAAUAAAGUGUCACGAGAUACAGUAAGUGGAACUUAAAAGAACAAAUAAGAGUUUUACGUGUCUCCUCACCUCCUUCUCCUCGUCUCCCGGUGCCCUCAUCUCCUUCUCCUUGGAAAACUGAAUGUGCAGAAAGAUGAUUAAUUUGUAGGAUCACGUUGAAUUUCAAUGUAAUACAAACAUUUAUUUCUACUCAACUCCUUCUUUUGACAUCUUUGAAAUUGUCACACAAUCAAAAUCUUGUACUCACCUUUGUCCACUGGACUGACAGACAUACUGGUCAGUGCAUCAGUAUCAGUGGCACUGCUCCCUGUGGUGUGGAGCAUGAUUAGAACAGCACACAACCAUGUGUCCCCUCCAUAACACAUGACACUGCAGUCCAUCCUGCUCUGCCACUGAGGAGCUUCAGUGGGAGAUGACAUGUGUCCCUGGUGCCACUGUGACUGAACUGACCUAUCGCUGUGGAGGAAAACACAGUAAUAAACAAGAUAGUUACCCUGCCAGACGCUAGGGCAACUUGCAUGGCGGGGUCGACGGCCCUGCCAGGCGCUGAACUCAGCCUCCAGGGUGAAAGAAAAGUCCAUCCAACCGCCAUGCUAAACUGUAAACGCAGGGCCCCAGGGCCAGACGCAACCUGGGACAAGAACUGCCCAGCCAGACGCAAAGGCUAGUUCUCGGGGAAAAUAUUAGCAUUCAAACUUGUAUU